AUGGCCAAAAAGAAGGCGACCAAACUAAAGUCUCUAUCUCAAGGUAGACCGCCCACCGUGAAGCCUCUCCGGUCGAUUUCUAGCAAAGCAACCCGGACUCUCAUCAGGACUCAUCACACCCUCGAGAAGCAAAAGGCAAAAGCUCUCGCCGAUGGCGAUGAUGCGAAAGCCGCAGUGAUUGCAAAGCAAAUCGAAAGUCGAGGAGGCAUUCAGAGCUAUCAAAAAGCAAGUCUUACAGGACAGACCAACGAGAGAGGCGGGGACUCCUCCAAGAUAUUGAUGGAAUGGCUCGAAAAGCCAGUCGCUGCACUAUUGAAGGACCAGGCUGCGAAAGGACAGCCGGCUCGCUUGUUGGAAGUUGGGGCUUUGAGCGUCGGGAAUGCAUGCUCGAGGUCAAAGCUGUUCGAAGUGGAAAGGAUCGACUUGAACAGCCAGGCUGAGGGUAUCAAGCAGCAGGAUUUCAUGGAACGACCGAUCCCGCUCGAGGAUCAAGACCGAUUCGAUGUCAUCAGCCUAUCCUUGGUUCUCAACUACGUUCCGGAUCCAACUGGGAGAGGGGAGAUGUUACUCAGGACGCUGCGGUUUUUGAGAGCCGUAACACCUUCCGAAGGAUUAGAGGAAAUCUUUCCCAGCUUGUUCCUGGUCCUUCCGGCUCCAUGUGUUGUUAAUUCCAGGUACUUGGACGAAGCGAAGCUCGAGACUAUUAUGAAGAGUCUGGGAUAUGUCCAGGUCAAAAAGAAGCUUUCGAAUAAGCUCGUCUAUUAUCUGUGGAGAAUGAACUCGGUGAAGCCGGUGCGUACUAUUCCAUUCAAGAAGGAAGAGCUGCGGCCAGGAGGCGCGAGGAACAAUUUCGCCAUCGUUCUAAAAGGAGGGCAGAAGCUGUAA